CUGACUCGUAUCCCAGCAGCCACCGCGUUCAGACAAAAUGGCGGCGCCCAUGAUACACGCUCUCCGGUCAAUCUCCCGGUUACACCGGCCUCUCAACCGCUGCCUAUCCAGCUCGAUAGAACCGUUAGUGUCCGGGACACGCCGGGGUCUCUUUAAGGACGUGUUCCCGGCUGAGACCGCCAGGGUCCAGCUCUCGGAGCUCCUGUCCUCCGGCCCCCAGACCGUUUACUGCGGCUUUGACCCCACGGCGGACUCGCUGCAUGUGGGGAAUCUUCUGGCCGUGCUGGGUCUCCUGCAUUUCCACCGGGCGGGGCACCACGUGAUCGCCGUGGUCGGAGGGGCCACUGCUCAGAUUGGGGAUCCCAGCGGGCGUAACCAGGAGCGGGAGCCGCUGAGCCCGGAGCGGGUGGAGGAGAACGUGCUCGGGAUCCGGGACUCGCUGCACCGGAUCUUCGCUAACCAUGAGGUGCUGGCCAGUGGGGGGCGGCCCGGGGGACGGGUGACUGUGCUGGACAAUGCCGCCUGGUACCGGCAGCGCUCGGCCGUGGAGUUCCUGGCAUCAGUGGGCAGACACUUCAGGAUGGGCACCCUGCUGAGCAGACACAGCGUGCAGAGCCGCCUCAGCUCCCCAGAGGGCAUGAGCCUGACCGAGUUCACCUACCAGGUCUUCCAGGCCUAUGACUUCUACUACCUGAAGCAGAAGCAUGGCUGCAAGAUCCAGCUGGGGGGCACCGACCAACUGGGCAACCUCAUGUCCGGCCACGACUUCAUUCAGAGAACAACAGGAGAAGACGUGUUCGGGAUCUUGCUGCCACUCAUUACAAGCACCACCGGCGAUAAGCUGGGGAAGUCAGCCGGGAAUUCUGUGUGGCUGAACAGGGACCGGACGUCGCCGUUUGAAUUUUACCAAUACUUUGUACGGCAGCAAGACAGCAACGUGGAGAGGUUCCUAAAACUUUUCACUUUCCUCCCCCUCCCGGAGAUUGAGCACAUCAUGGAGCAACACGCCAAGGAGCCUGAGAAACGGAUACCCCAGAAGAGACUGGCAGCAGAGGUCACAAAGCUCGUCCACGGCAAGGAAGGACUGGAGUCUGCAAAGAGGUGCACUCAGGCCCUGUAUCAUAGCAGCAUUGAUGCCCUGGCUGCCAUGUCUGAUCAGGAGCUACAGGAACUCUUCCAGGAAGCCCCUUUCACUGAACUAUUUCUGGAACCUGGCACUAGGGUGCUUGACGCCUGUUUGAAAGCAUCUGCCAUCCCAGAGGGUGCCCGUGGCUUUGACAUAUUAAGCAAUGGGGGAGUAAGCUUCAACCACAUGAGAGUUACAAACCCGGACGAGGUCCUCGUAGUCGGCCAGCACAUCCUCAGCAAUGGACUUUCCCUCAUCAAGGUUGGAAAGAAGAACGUCUACAUUGUGAAGUGGCUGCACCUGUGAGGACGGCCACCCGACUCUCG